AUUCGAGAAUUUCCAGCAUCGAGGUCUCAUGAAGUUAAAUCCUGACUCUUGCCAAGUGACGAAAUACAGAUUAUAGAUCAGCGAGCGGAUCGUGUAUGAGCGAUGGUCAGACUGAGCCUGGAAAUUGAAACUAGUCACGUGUCUUCCUCCGCAUUUAUUCCUGAUUUUACGGAGUUCACGGAGUUCGUCUGAGGCACUCGGUAUGCUUACCUCACUUUUCAAGUAUAUUUCUUAACGUUGGUGCAUGGGUUGCAAUGCUAAGGUGAGGAAUUCCGACAUGUCGGAAAUGAUGACUCAUAUAAUCGGGUCAUCCUUCAAUGAGUCCUUAAGGACAAAUAAGUCUGAUUGUUUGGAUACAUAAAUACUACAAUGUUUCCCUAGCAUCCCGCUUGUUUCUGCCCAAGCACCAAACCAUGACAAAAUACGUGGUAGAAUCCGAGCGAUUGGGUUUACAGCACCUAUCAUUAGAGGAACAUCUGGAGGAUUAUCAUGCUAAGCAAGCAAACGAGAAGACUGGAAAGUUCAUACAUCGCGAACCUUCUAAAAGCUUAGAAGAGUCUAGAAAUCUGAUGAUAGCAAGACACUUGCCAUCAGCAGAAGCACCUUACAGAGAACUCUAUGCGGUCUUACUUCGGGGGUCAGAAAACUCGAAUGGAAAACCGAAGAUGAUUGCUUCGGUAGGAAUACCUCGUGUAUCAGCGGAUGGGAAAGCAGUAGAAGUUGGCUAUGGGGUCAACCCUGAGUAUUGGGGCUUGGGAUAUGCUCCUGAAGCUUUGAAAUUAUUCGUUCAUUACUACUGGAAUAUUCGAGACGGAGAGAAGAGGGACAAGAUCAUUGCCUACACUAGCCCUGAAAACAUUCCGAGUCAAAGAGUACUCGAAAAAUCUGGCUUUGCUAAGGCAGAACUUAUCGAGAAAGCUUACCCGGCGCCGGACCCAGUGACAAAAAAGAUGAAAUGGUGGCCAGCU